UUAGUUUCCAUCUGGUAUAAAAGCUAUUGAUUAUUGGAUAUUUAUGCAAAGUAGUAGAUGACUUUUGACACGUUCUGUGAUCGUUUAGUUAUACCUGUUCGAGGGAAAUAAACAUGGUAUUUAUCAAAACAAUGUUUGUACUACUGAUGGCGGCUGCAUAUGUGCUGGGUGUCAAAACGCAAGCAUUCGGGUGUGACAUACUUUGUAAGUGCGAAAUGACGUCGUUAGAAGUCAAAGUCACGUGUGUAGGACCAGAUAUUUCUGAAGUUCCUGUUCGGUUGCCUCGUAAUACCACGGAACUGUAUCUGAGCGGAACGAGCAUUCGUGUGGUUAGUGCAGGUACAUUUGACCUCUAUCCGUUCUUAACCGAAUUGUUUUUCCGUGACACAUCCACGGAUCCCUGCCAGCUCGAAUAUCUCGAACCAGGCGUCUUCGACAACAUGGAAAAACUCGAAGCUUUAGGGAUGAUUGGCUGUGGAAAACUGACAUCCCUGAAUGCUGGUGUCCUUGGAAGCUUCAAGAAUUUAGAGACACUGCAGAUGUAUCGUAAUGGACUGACGAGUGUACCAAACCUAUCAUUUUUCAAGACUGCAAACCAAGAUAUGGAAGGACUCAUGAAAGAAAUGGAUUUUCAUGGCAACAAAAUCACAAAGAUAAAGGCGUACGAUUUUUACGGCAUUCAAACCGAUAUGUUGAAAUUGGAUGAAAACGAUAUUACAAGUAUCGAAGGUUAUUCUUUUGAAAAUGCAACUGUCGUUCAUCUAUUCCUCAAUAAAAACAAAAAUCUCCAGAACCUACAUGAGAACGCCUUUGCCAAAAAUAAACUUAUACUAAAUCUAGACUUGUCAGAGACGAAAAUCGAGACGCUGCCAACUGCGGGUCUAAAAAACAUAAGGAAGUUGAUAAUAAAAGACACUCCCUCAUUGAAACACUUUCCGACAGUAUUGGAGUUCAGCAAAAUCGAAGUAACUGAACUAACGUAUCCCCAUCAUUGUUGUGCAUUUAAAAACCCGGAGAUUCAAAACCCGGCCGUAUGGCGCGCAAAAGCUCGACAGGCGCAGGAAUCGAUUAACCGCGAGUGUGCAUUGUCAACUAGUACUUCGACACCGGCUUCCGCACUCACCCCUCGUACAAUGGGCUUUGGGAAAAUUGUAAUACCAGGAAACGAAACCAGAGUGAAACGAAACACGAUUCAGUAUAUAAAUGGAAUAAAGUUUGUUCGUCAUAAAAGAAACUUUGGUGACUUUGCAGAUGAAACUUUUGGCAAAACUAUCGACGACAAUGAAACCAAUUUCGGAUUUGGACCAAUAAAACCACUGGAUAAUAAUUUCGGCAGUUUUGGUGAAAAUGACAAGAAUUCCAAAAAGACAGAAUCAGUAAUGGUCUUCCAUACAACAUAUGUUGACGAUAAUAUAACACAGCAAGCAUUUUGUGGGGAGAUCUACAUAUAUAACAGAAACGUAACAUGUACACCAGAACCCGACGCGUUUAAUCCGUGCGAAGACGUCAUGGGAUACAUUUGGCUACGUGUUAUAGUUUGGUUUGUGCUUCUGGCAGCUCUACUUGGAAACAGUGUUGUCUUGAUUGUCAUUAUGACGAGUCGAGGAAAGUUGUCCGUUCCAAAGUUCCUAAUGUGCAAUUUAGCGUUUGCGGAUUUCAUCAUGGGAGUGUAUUUAUUACUCUUAGCAUCUAUUGACGUUCAUACGUUGGGUGAAUAUUUUAACUACGCGAUACGUUGGCAAAACGAAGGAGGAUGCCAAGCAGCUGGUUUUUUAUCCGUAUUUUCAAGCGAAUUGUCUGUUUUUACACUGACAAUAUUGACACUAGAACGAUGGUACGCUAUUAGUCACGCGAUCCAUCUAAAUAAACGUCUAAAGCUACGCCAGUCAGUAGCGUUGAUGGCGUUGGGCUACACGUUUGCAUCAGUGCUUGCUACGUUGCCGCUUGUUGGUAUUAGCGGAUAUGGUAACGUCAGUAUCUGUCUACCCAUGAAGGCCGUUAAAAGCGUCGAUAUCGGCUACGUGGUAUCGUUGUUGAUCAUGAAUGGUGUCAUGUUUCUCUCCAUCUGUUUUUGCUAUGUAAGUAUGUACUGGCAAGUAAAAGGCAGUGCAACAACAGCUAGGAGUAACGAUGCCACGAUUGCUAAACGAAUGGCUCUCCUUGUAUUCACCAACUUUGCCUGUUGGGCACCGAUCGCAUUCUUUGGUCUCACAGCGUCCGCUGGAGUACCAUUAAUUGACAUAACAAACUCAAAAAUUCUUUUGGUAUUCUUUUACCCUCUUAAUUCAUGCGCGAAUCCGUUCUUGUACGCUAUUCUUACCAAACAGUUUCGAAAGGAUGUAUUUAUCUUAUUGGGAAAAUAUGGUAUUUGUGUUGAAAAGGCGAAUAUGUAUCGUGGUACUAUGACGUCGCGUUCUAUGUCUCAGUCGCGAAAUCAUCAUAAGGACGUUUCCAUGAGGUGCAAUAUGAGGUAUCGGGAGCCGGCAUUUUCACAUUUUCAUGAUUCUGCACAUGGGACCAGAGGUACCGUUACUGCGCCCAAAAUCUACCCAUUUCAUCGCGAUCAUACAGAGACACAGCCGUUUCUUCGGAAAAGCCAUACAGAUCGGGCAGCUGAAUUUGCAAAUAAGGAACCUGUUUUAAGCGACGAAAAUGACAGCGUCGUUGACCUUUGGGAUGCGAGCCAUUCCAAAUCAAAGGACCAAGUGAAACAAAGGAACCACCCUCCUUACAUUCGAAGCGUUAGUGAUUACGCGAAGUUUUGUGGCGUGCGAAAGUUGCAGAAGUUAACAAAAACACGCCAGAGUGUCGAUACUUUUAUGAGUAACAGCACAGAUACGACAUACGUUAGCGAUGUUUCUAAUACAACGCAAGAUGAUGUAUGGCAAUUGCGAGACAAUGAAGACAAUAAUACUGAACAAAAAGGUGAGGGUGCUAUUGAGAGCGUUGUUUACAAUGCCAAUGCCAAUGAUUCCCAUGCGAUAGCAGAGCCAUCUUGCUAUAUAGUUUCUAAUGAUUGUUGCAGUGAAUCGACUGAACAGUCGCCAAAUAUAUGUUUUGAUAAAUUGAUUAACCAGAACCAAAAACAAGGGAGAAAAAAUAACGGAUCCGGGGAUUUAAAACACCGUCUCUCGACAAAGAUUCCAUUAUUGAGCAGACUUGACGAAACAACUGAAAUCAGAUGCGAUCAGUUAAACUGUGCUGAAGACAUUGUAGUUCUACAACCCAACGAUAUUGAAACCUUAGAUAAAAGUAAGGAGAGCGGUUUCCAUUCGAGUGGUUCGAUAGAACUUGAUACAGGAGUAUAAAACGUGUUCACGUUGAUUUCAUGCGUAUGAUUAAAUUGUUACCAACCUCGUGUAAAUCAUGUUCAUUCCAUUCCAUUCCGGUGCUUGUGAAGAACCCGCUACAGAAGUAUUAUAUGGUGUUCCCCUUGUAUUCAUUCGGAUGGUUUCAUUGUUACCGCCUGCUGUUAAAGCUGGUGUAUUACACUUCCAUUCGUAUUACGUUUUUAAUCGGAUGGUUAUAUGUGUUUUAACAGGAGAAUAAAGCAUGUUAUUUCUUUUCCAUUUGAAUGGUUGUAUAGAACUUAAUACAAAGGUAUAAACAUCUUCACAAUGUAUCUAGUCGGUUGGUUCUAUAUAAUUUAUUACACGAGUUUUAAACAUGUUCAUUAUGUUUUCAUUUUGUGAGUUCUGACACAUAUGUAUAAAGCAUGUUGACCUGGUUUCGAUUCGUUAAAACUUGAUACAGGGGUAUCACUGAUUUGCUAAACAAUUAAUAUAAAGUGCAUUUAAAUAGUCGAACUAUUUUACUUUGUAUCAAUUGGACUUAAGGAAGUGUUGUUGUUUUGGUUUUUUAUUCCUUAUUGAAUGUAUUAUGUAUAUUUAUAUGUUUGGAUAAAUUAAGCAAACCUAUUAUGUCAGAUUAAUUUUAGAAAAGAAUAGCAUUUGUUUAUCCAUGUCUACGUAUGCUAUUGACACCCGUUUGCUCAUUGUACAGUUUAUUUCAAUAUUGUUAAUUUCGAAAUGCGUUGUGAAAUUGGCUUUAUAAAGUGUUUUUUUUUCUUUGUGAUUCAACUGUGCUUUCGGUCUACAUGUAUUUUACAAAAAAAACAUCACUGUGUGAUAAAAUGAUAUACAUGAGCUCGUGGUGUUAUUUAUAAUUUGUUCAAUAUGACUUCAUUACUCACAUUCACAUGAUGAUUAUACAAAGGAAGGCGUAAGCGUUUACCAGUUAUGAUUAAUUUUUAAAAAAUAAUAA